AUGGCGCAGGAUCGCGCUCAGGCGGUGCACCACGCUGAAGGCGCGGCCUCGACAGCGUUCCAGGCUCGCCGAGGCCUAGUUGACCGAGGGGCAGAGAUGAAGUGGAUCAGCCGGUAUCCGCACGAGGCGGAGAUUCUCUUCUCACCCUUGCUCGGCCUGGAGAUGAUCGGCAUCUCAGUCGACCACGGCGCGUCGCUGGUGGAGCUGCGCUUGAGCCUGAACCUGGCGGCGGAGACGCUGGACCAGAUCACGUCGAAACGUCAGGCUCUGAUGAAGGAAGCCGCAACGAACGGAGAGUUGGAGAUCUUGGCCGCCGCGAGAGACCAGCGGAGCCCGGGCCCCUUCGCCGCCCUGGCGAGCGCUGCUUGGAAGGGCUACCCGCUGGAGCACGACGCCCAAUGGCACAACAACGACGAUCACUUCUUGGACUGCAUGAAGGAGCUGAUGACGAUCAAACAGGAAGUCCAGAAACUGGAGGACCUACGGAGCGAGGAGCUAAUCCAGGCCCUUGGCGCGUUCACGGCGGGGCGCCCCGCCUACCGCCAGCCGAUGUCAAAGUUGGGCCUCGGAGGCCGAAAAGACGUCGAGAAGUUGCCCGAGAACCUCUUCGGCUUCACGCAGCUACAGACGCUGGACCUGCGCGGCUGCCGGGCCCUGCAGGCCCUGCCCGAGAGCCUGGGCCAGCUCUCGGCGUUGCAGACGACGAUGCUGUUCCUGAGCGGCUUCCGGGCCCUGCAGGCCCUGCCCGAGAGCCUGGGCCAGCUCUCGGCCCUGCCCGAAAGCCUGAGCCAGCUCUCGGCGCUGCAGACGCUGGACCAGCGCGGCUGCCCGGCCCUGCAGGCCCUGCCCGAGAGCCUGGGCCAGCUCUCGGCGCUGCAGACGCUGGACCUGCGCGGCUGCCGGGCCCUGCAGGCCCUGCCCGAGAGCAUGGGGCCAGCUCUCGGCGCGCAGACGCUGGACCUGCGCGGCCUGCCUUUCUUUUCUUGCGUCUGCCUGUGCCCCCGGGCCCUGCAGGCCCUGCCCGAGAGCCUGGGCCAGCUCUCGGCGCUGCAGAGCGACCUGGCGGCUGCCGGCCCAUGCAAGGCCCUUGCCCAGAGAGCCUUGAGCCAGCUCUCGGCGCUGCAGACGCUGGACUUCUUCGGUGGCGGGCCUGCAGGCCCUCUGCCCGAGAGCCGGGCCCUGCCCGAGAGCCUGGGCCAGCUCUCGGCGCUGCAGACGCUGCAGCUGUGCGAAUGUGCGGCCCUGCAGGCCCUGCCCGAGAGCCUGGGCCAACUCUCGGUGCUACAAACGCUAACCCUGUACGAAUGUGCGGCCCUGCAGGCCCUGCCCGAGAGCCUGGGCCAGCUCUCGGCGCUGCAGGGGCUAAACCUGCGCGGAUGCCGGGCCCUGCAGGCCCUGCCCGAGAGCCUGAGCCAGCUCUCGGCGCUGCAGACGACGGUCCUGCGCGGCUGCCGGGCCCUGCAGGCCCUGCCCGAGAGCCUGGGCAAGCUCUCGGCGCUGCAGACGCUGGACCUGCGCGGCUGCCGGGCCCUGCAGGCCCUGCCCGAGAGCCUGGGCCAGCUCUCGGCGCUGCAGACGCUAAACCUGUACGAAUGUGCGGCCCUGCAGGCCCUGCCCGAGAGCCUGAGCCAGCUCUCGGCGCUGCAGACGCUGGACCUGCGCGGCUGCCGGGCCCUGCGGGCCCUGCCCGAGAGCAUGGGCAAGCUCUCAGCGCUGCAGACGCUGCACCUGUACGAAUGUGCGGCCCUGCAGGCCCUGCCCGAGAGCCUGAGCCAGCUCUCGGAGCGGCAGACGCUGGACCUGCGCGGCUGCCCGGCCCUGCAGACCCUGCCCGAGAGCCUGGGCCAGCUCUCGGCGCUGCAGACGCUGCACCUCUACGAAUGUGUGGCCCUGCAGGCCCUGCCCGAGAGCCUGAGCCAGCUCUCGGCGCUGCAGACGCUGGACCUGCGCGGCUGCCGGGCACUGCAGGCCCUGCCCGAGAGCCCGGGCCGGCUCUCGGCGUUGCAGACGCUGCACCUGUACGAGUGCGGCCCUGCAGGUGGCCUCUCGCCCGGCGGGCCAGAGCCCGCGCCCACGUGCGGCCGCUCGCCGCCCCGGGAUCUCGGGGGCAACAAGGGUAGCAUUGGCUCUGCAGAGUUGCUCACGCCAGUGGUGAACAACCCGAGAGAUUACCAACCUGCCGUCUCCGAUGGACUGUAA